GUUCAUCUGUAUAGUUGCGUUAAUACUUUGAGGAGCAGCACACAGAUUACAUGACAACCCCCGGAUUGACUUGGGAUUGGAGGCCCAAAAUUUUAGGGUCUGAGGUUAGGCUCCAACAUCUUGAAAACGAUGCUGAAAAGUUGCUGGAGAUAUCUUUAUGCGAGGAUUUCUACACUGGAGACUCUUUUACUUUUGAACUUGGUCAAAAUUACGUCUACUCUAUAGACGAGGACGACGAGGAAGAAGAUGAAGACAACAAAUUGUUAAUGGAGUUUUUAUCGGACCCGAAAUCCUCAAAAUCCUGCACUUUCACAUUCAAGUUUGAGAAACCACCAAAAGAGUCAAUGAGGGCUUUAUUUGUGCUGGAAUUGGUUCACCAAGGUGAUGAUAAAGAGAAUCUAUGCCUUACUAAUAUACUUCAUUUUACAAAAGACGAUUACGAGUACGUGUAUGAAAAUUGCCUGGAGCUAGAGUAUCUAGAGGAUAAAAAGUUUAUUCAUACUCACAGGUCUAGUCGAUAUCUCUCUUUUAAUAUCCACAUCCAUCAUUUAAGGGAACCGGAAGAUCCUGGGUUUCCAUGCAUGUACAUGUCACCAAUUUUAAGGUCAUACAUGCUAAGUUUUUACGGACUGGAGGUUAUAGGUGCACUGAAAGAUGCUUGUGCUGAGUUGGCCCAAGAUUUGUCACUGUCUGCUGAUAUCUGGAGUUCCCUACGAAAAGAAACCAAAAGCCAUCUGGAAAAAAAUUUCUUUAAUUCAUUUGAUAAGAAUCAAAUUUGGGGAAUCAUAAACGCAUCAUUUCCGCAUGCAACUUACUAUCCAGCACUGAUGGAGCUAUUGCAUUUGGGAAUUGAAAGAGCAGAUGAUCUUGCAAAGCCUUACAGGGAUAAACUUGGUUUGGAGCAAUUAAUUUCACAUCCACCAAAACCCGUCUCAGAGGGGCAGGAACCUGUUCGUGAACCUGAUAUUGACACUCUCUGUCUGAAGGGAAAUUUUGGCCAUGUAACCAGGACGUAUGUACCAAAAUAUGCUAGUGCGAUGAGUGCUAAGGUUGAACUGAAAACUUACGAUGAUCUUGCUGGUGAAUGUGUAUUAUCUGGAUGGUGCGCCAUCCAAUUGAUUGCUGCAGCGCGUUGUUUCAGUGAGGUGGUGACCGGGUGUCUCAAAAACUUCUUCUAAGUCAACUCCUGCAAAGUCCACUCCACGAAAGAAUAAGAGAAGCAAAAACAGAAACAGAGCAUCGAAAGAACCAACAAUCAGAAAACCUCCUCCCCAAUCUCACAGGCCUAUGCCAAAGUUUGUAACAGGUAGCCCAAGCAACAAAACAA